CGAUAUAAUAGGACUCUUUCGCGAUCGACGACAGUUUCGGGAGUGCGGGUGGCGCGCCAGCAAGGGAAACCCCCAACGAGAGAGACAGAGACGGAGGAGGAAAGAGACAGAGAUACGAUUGCCGCUCCACGAGGAGAAGAAAGACACGCGCGUCGGGACUGAAUAUGUCCGCCAAGCGAAAGGCCACUGCCAUCAUGCAGCACCACAAGGCGCGCUCAUGAAAGACGCGGAUAAGCUGAAGCUGAUGCUGCUCGCGUGGAAUUAUAAUCUUCAACAGCAAGCUCAGGCUCAGGCUCAGGCCCAGGCCCAGGUACAGGCACAGGCGGCCAACGCGGCCCUCUCGCCAAAUAACUCCUCGACAACCACGGCCACCACCGUUGGCACAACUGUCACCAGUCAAUCGGCUAUUUCCACGGCAAACAACACCAUUAACAACUCCACACUUACAGACUCGCGAAACGGCUCCUCGGAUCUGGUAGACAUGCCCGCCGGAACCGUUCCUAAUUUGGGCACCGUGGCCGGAGUCGGGAGCGAGGACAUGGCAUCCUUGUGGGCAUCCUACGCCAUGGGAUUGAAGAAGACGCCGCCGCCUGGGUCGUCAGCGACGCCCUCGCGAUCCGAUCGCGAUCGAGAGUCCAGUCCACCGGGCGGCGAAGGGACGGGGAGCGCUCACGACGAGACCAGCAGCAGCGGCAAUAAAGAGGACGAGGACGACGACGACGAGGAUGCCGACGAGAGGCUGGAUCCCAGACAUCAUGACCCGGAGCGUCUGAAGGCUUUCAACAUGUUCGUCAGGCUGUUCGUCGACGAGAACUUGGAUCGCAUAGUGCCCAUCUCCAAGCAGCCCAAGGAGAAGAUACAGGCGAUCAUCGACAGCUGCACCAGGCAGUUCCCGGAGUUCGCCGAGAGAGCCAGGAAGAGGAUCAGAACGUACCUGAAGAGCUGUCGGAGGAACAAACGGGGCAGGGAGGGCGCGCCUUGGGACGCGGCGAGGCCCACUCCGGCACACUUGACCUCCGUGCAGGCUGAGCAAAUUUUGGCAACAGCCUGCGAAAAUGAGAGCGACAACGCGAAACGCAUGAGAGUCGGUCUGGAGCCUGUCUCACAGCCUAUGCCAACUCUUCCGGCCGCAACGCAAACGGACGUCCGGUCAAGUUUGGAGCAUUUCUCGAGUACACCGGUGAAAUCACUUCCGGGCAAAAGGGAGGAUACACCACCAACAUCGCUAACGUCCCUGGCGCCGUUAACCAGUUUGGCGAACUUGCCGAGCAGCACCCUCUCUUCUACACCCCUGUCUCUCGCACCAGCGUCGAAACUGCUCACGCCAGCGGACAACAAGAGUCUCAUGAGCCAGGCGACGAUAGUCAGCUCGUCGGCCGUUAAUGGUGUUGCCAGCGGCGGUGCACCCACGGCGAUGUACAGACCCAACUUCAGCCAGGCGUUCCAGCGUGCAGGACCAACGACAGUGCCGCCAACCCUGUCCGCGGGACUCUACCCAACGCAGAGCUUCACAUCGGGCCUUCUGAGCAACGGUACACAAAGACCGACGGACUUGAGCAUGAAGAACACGAAGCCCCUUUUAAGCCACAAGUUAAACGCGACAGAAAUGACCGCCGUCAGACAACUGAUCACCGGAUAUCGAGAGUCUGCCGCGUUUCUCUUGAGGUCCGCCGACGAACUCGAGCAAUUGCUGCUCCAGCAACCAUAGAGCUACGUUUACGUAGCCAGCGGCCAGCAGCUGGGCUCGUAGAGCCCUCCCGAGCGUGAAGUAGACACGUGAAGCGCGAACACAACGUCCUAGGACCGAGACUUUAACGCCAGCACGAACGAAGCUCGCUUAAGCCCCGUGAAGUCGAUAUUACCGACGGUUGGUAACGAGUUUCUAUUAUCCUUCAGCUGGGAAACGCAGCCCCUAGACCACGUCGAUCCACGAAACCGAUAAAUGCUACCAACCCGACGAAACUUACCCCGAGAAACCUCAAACUGGAGCUUCGUACCGCGCGAGGUACUUCCCAGGUGGCUCUCGGGGGAUCCCCUGCGGGGAAGGCCCGCGGAUUCGAAUCGCUGGCCGCGGCCAAUGGUGGAUUUCGUCUUAGAGAACCGAGUUCCACGCGUCACGAUCGCUAGAACGCGUUCUUAGGGCUAGGUUUAAGGAAACUAUUCAAACAGGGUGUACAUAAAGAGGAUUUACAGAUAUUUACUUAACUACCGAUAAGCUUAAGCUUAACAUACGAGACGGCGUGUGUGGCGUGCGUGUGAGUGUGCGUGUGAGAGGCUUUGACGGAGAAGCGGCCCGGCGGGAGAGUUGAUCGUUGCUCAAAAGUAUUUGGCACACUCUAGGGGGUGCUGCGAGCUGCGCGAGUACCCGAUCGCAACGACCACGUAUAUGUUCAAAGUAGACGUUUCUUUUUUGUUUCUACUCGAGCUUGCAGCUCCGAGUAACCACGCGUUAUGAUCGUUUUCCCGACGAUGUACAUACAUACAUACGGCUGAUCAGUGAACGAGCGUCUGCGUCCCUCGUCGAUUGGAGGGGAGUGAGGAACGAGGAGAGUCGGUGAGUGUAGUCUGAAAACGAAUAGCACUACGGUCACACGUGUACAUAGGGACGUACGUACGCAUACGUUCGCGCACAGACAUGUGUAUAUAAAUAGGUCGCAGGACAAGAUGGCUUUUUUUCGACUGGCGAACGCGUCAGUGUGGAAACGAUGAGUAUAAUUGAUAAUUAAUUGUACACUUGCCGAGCCACCUUGGGUCGGUACAGAGCAUAGUACUUGAACCGUGCAGGUUGCGUCGAAGAUCGUGGCUGGAAAGUCGAGCUACAAUUCUAUUUUGAGAGUUGAAGGGAAAUUGUGGAACGAGUUUUUAGGGAACUUAAAUUUUUGGGAAAUAGUACUCUGGAGUUAAUCGAAGUGGACUCGUUGAGAAUCAGAAGUCUAGAUUGAGAUCUAGAGUAUUUAGCGCGGAGUUCAUACUUUACCUGCUUAUAAAACGUAAAAUUAGAUGAAUAAAUUUGACUUUAAAGUAAUACUAAUAAAAUAUCGGUAAAAGUAUAGAAUAUCAAAAUUAAUACGAGUAAACGGUUCGUAGGAAAAAAAUUGCUGCAAUCCACGAUCUUCGUCACGAAUUGUACACAUUUAUCGGGACCAUCUUGUCACGAUCCGACAAUACGUUGAAACCGUAUUUGUGGUCUCCGGACGCAUCACUGUGUUACCAAAGAACACUGAUUAUUAUUAUACGAUAAUAUACGUAGCGCUAUAUAUACACGCGUUUAUUUCCCCCCUCUCUUCUUUUAUUUUCUUUGUUUUAAGUGAUUUCUUUAUUAAGGUGAUACCGUCAUUCUCAUCGGACCAAGAAGUCAUUCUGUUUAACCUGUUUAACGAGAAAUUUAAAAAAGCACACGACAGGGGUCGCGCCACACCGAUAUCUUUCGCCAUAGAUCAAUUUCAUCUUCUUUCUUUUUUUAUUAUUGAUUACGCGUCUGUCGUAAUUGUAAUAAUUAUCGCGUUUUAUUAUCGCUACUACCAUUUAUAUUAUAUUAUAUUAUAUCAUGCUAUUGUCAUUACGAUUAUCGGUUUUCACGAACCAAGAGGAAGAAGGGUUGUCACCCCUUUCGUCGAGACUAGUUUUUCGCGAAGCAGUUUUCGCCCGUUAAUUCUAUUCUAUCGUUAUUUUGUACAUAGUUUAUACACGUCGUCGUAUCCAAGAUACGCAGUGAAAGGAAAAAGAAAGAAAACCGCGGGUACACGAGUUUCUUUUAACGAGAUAUGAAGAGAGAAAAAAUAUAUAUUAUUAUUAUUAUUAUUAUUAUUAUUAUUAUUAUUAUAAUUAUUAUUAUUGUAUACAGUAUGGUCGGUUUGAGUGUAUAUACGCAAUUAUUUCACCAACUGCGGCAGAUACAAAUAAAUGUUAUUCAUAUAAAAAUUGUUGACUUGGUGUGGGAAAUAUAACAUUGGACUGGACCUGUGAGAUUAUUACUUGCAAAGAUUUCGUCAUUUCCGUUUUUUUAAAUCGUAUAUUUUUAUUUUACCCAUCCUAUUGCAUAGCAAGAUGCAUUUAUUCAGAAAAAUACAUACUAGAAAUUAUUAGAAGCAAUGUAAAAAUGCAUUUGGAAUAAAUUAAUAAUUUAAUUAAUUUUCUAGUCAAAUCAUCCUAAAACAUUCCUUCGAUGACUUUUACGAUUUCAUAAGUAAUCUAGAUAAAUAUGAGAAUAGACGAAGAUCAGUUUAAUUUGAACGGUAAAUUCUCGCCGGUAUUUAUAGAUCCACUUUAACAGAUCGGUGUAUUUCUUGCAGCCUGUUAAAUCCAUCUUGAAAUGAACAAUAAGAUGUAUUUUUAUUUUAAACAUGACAGCAUUGCAGUCUCUGCAAGUAUCAAUCUGACAUUCAGCCGUUAUAUACUCUGCUCCAUGAAUAAUAAUUUGUAUACAAGUGAUGUUCCUUGUACCUUCUGUAAGUGGACAAUAAUUGUGCGUACACAGUUAAACCGUACACACUGUAUAUCUGUAUAUCGUAACGUAUUGUGUGUAUAUACUGUAUGCGAUUGUAAAAUAUGUUCACGCGGAUGAUCGAUGGCCGUGGUCGCCACAGUGAAACAUUCCACCGAUAUGGGAAAGAGGACGGUUAGGAAAAAGAAAGGUUUGACGAACAGCUGUCCGACUGUUUUAGAAACGAACGACUUCUCACCCAGACCCCACUGCAUGAAGUCAUGCUUCCUUUUUCCUUUUCCGUUUCGCGACCGUUUUCACCGUUCGAGGUCGCCUACCGUACGUGUCUCUUGAAAGUAACCGUGAAAAGCAUAUCCCGUCGGUCGGCGAUCGUUCAAAUACCUCUAGCCAUGGGCGUGUUACUAAUUUCCAAGCAAUUCAGUCGCACACAAAUCCCCAUCGACUCGAACCACACCCAAAACCGUAGUCUUCAAAUCCUCGAGAGUCAAUGAUCUUGAAGACGCUUAGGGGCUUGAAAUGUUUGGCGAUUUUAAAGUUAUUCAAGUAUUAGGUAUCUGUUUGGAAAUAAGGUGGACAAAAGGA